UGUUGCUAUAUUGCUGGAAGCUUAGAGAGUAAGAUACAUUGCCUGUUUGGUCAGUGCUGCAUUCAACUCAACGAUUCUGAACAAUGUGUAUAGCUUUGUUUCUUUGGCAAUGCCACCCACUGUACCCUUUUCUUCUUUUGAAUAACAGAGAUGAAUAUCACAAUAGGCCUACGAAGCCAGUGUCUUGGUGGGAAGAUUGUGAUAUUUUGGCAGGAAGGGACGAAAUAGCAAUGGGAACAUGGUUGGCUUGUUCCACACAAGGAAGGGUGGCUUUUCUCACCAAUGUUUUGGAGCUUCAUACCCUCCCUGAGGCCAAACGUCGUGGAGACCUACCCGUACUAUUUCUCAGGAGCAGCAAGAAACCGAAAGAAUUUGCGGAAAGCCUAAAAUUAGAGGCUCAUUAUUACAACGGGUUCAACAUAGUUGUGGCUGAUAUUGUGUCGAAAUCAAUGGUGUACAUCUCCAACAGGCCCAAGGGACAACCUAUUACCAUUAAAGAGGUUCCACCAGGCCUGCAUGUACUUUCAAAUGAUAAGUUAGAUUCGCCGUGGCAUAAGGCUCUGCGCCUAGAAUUCAGUUUCAAAGAACAUGUAGCCAAAUAUGGGGAAGGUGAGAUACCUGUGAAGGAGGUGAUUCAAAAGCUAAUGAAGGACAAAGUUAAAGCUGACAAAAGCUCACUACCUCGUAUUUGCUCACCUGAUUGGGAAUUCAAUCUGAGCUCCAUUUUUGUUGAAGUAGAAACACCACUGGGUCUAUAUGGCACCAGGAGUAGUGCUGCAUUAACCGUAAGAUCAAGAGGGGAAGCAAACUUUUAUGAGGUUUAUCUGGAUGACACCAAGUGGAAGGAACAUGCUAUCGAUUUCCAUAUCGGGAAGUUGAACUAUAAAGCAGUCACGGAUUAAGUAGCCUAGGCAAAAGUAAUAUAUAGCACAAUGCUCCACCAUUCAUAAACGAGGAAGGAUCAAAAUCAAUUGAUCCAUUCUCUUCUUAUUUGUGUAAUUCAUAUUGAGAAGAUAUGCCGUCGAUAAGCACGGCUAAUAAUAGAGUGCAUGUAUGAAGAUUAGCUAAUGAAAUGAAGUUUAUGAUCAUUAACAGUACAAAA